AUGUCGGCUCCUGCCACUCCGGCCGCCCAGAGGAGGAGGCUUAGCUUCUUGUUCGACAUUGGGCGGCCGGUUUUGUCCCCUGUGAUAGAGCCGGAUCGGCCGGAGGAGAUCACGACUAGCUCAGGGUUGGUGCUGGGGGGCGGCCAAGGGGGAGAGGAAGCGCCAGGCGAAGGGAAAGGGGCUACUUUUGAGGCGCCUCAAAAGCUGGGGGGGGGAGGCCAAGGGGAAGAGGAAGCGCCAGGCGAAGGGGAAGGGGCAGACGGAGAGGAAGUGGCGGGAGGGGCGGAAACUACAGGGGGAAGGGAAGGGGCAGGGGGAGGGGAAGAGGCAGGGGAAGGGGAAGUGGCAGAGGGGAGGGAAGGGGCAGGGGGGGGGGAAGUAGCUGAGGGAGGGGAAGGGGGGAAGCAUGGGGGAGAAGGAGGGCUUGGCGCUUUUUCUGGUGCUGUCGCUGAAGCUAAGACGGGAUAUGGAAUUGAAGGGCUUAGCGUUGCUUCCGGUGAUGUUGCCGAAGGUGAAACUGAAUAUAGAGAGGAAGGGCUAAGCGCUGCUUCUGGUGUUGGUGCUGAAUCUAAGACUGGGGGGCUGUUUCUGCUGGCGAUUGGGCUUACCAUUGGCAACUUUGUCCUCUCUGCCCUCUCUGCCCUCUCUGCCCUCUCUGCCCUCUCUACCCUCCCUCCCCUCCCUGCCGCUCCCUGCCCCUCCCUGCCCCUCCCUGCCCCUCCCUGCCCCUCCCUGUCCCCCCUGCCCCUCCCUGUCCCCUCCCUGCCCUCCAUGCCCCUCCGUGCCCCUCCAUGCCCCUCCGUGCCCCUCCGUGCCCCUCCGUGCCCCUCCGUGCCCCUCCGUGCCCCUCCGUGCCCCUCCGUGCCCCUCCGUGCCCCUCCGUGCCCCUCUCUGCCUUCACCUCCCCAGGUGGAAGCAGGCGACACCAUGUGUGGAAUCGUUGACCGCUACUGCGUGGAAGAAGGCGACACCAUGUGUGGCAUAGCUGAUCGCUACUGCGUGCGAGUGGAUGCAAUGAAAGAGGCGAACCAGGAGGGGCUAGUGGAAGAUCCAGAUGUGAGACCUGGUGACACUGUGUGUGCCAUUGCUGACAAGUACUGCCUUCACCCCGACACGGUGAUUGACGCAAACGAGGGCAGGAUGGCCAAGGACCCUGAUAUGAUUUUCCCCGGCGAUUUGAUCUUCAUUCCCAAAUGA